UAUGGUGACUCGCUCACCUGAUAGAGAGUCUGCAUGCUAAAAGUCUUCAAUCGAUUGCUACCAGGACCUCGACGUUGUAUAUUAUCACCUCGGCUCUAUCGUCACCGUCUGCCAGCACUCUCCAGGACUUUGCAAAGCAUGGCCACCCCCGUUCACCCGGUCGCGUCCAGCUCUCAACCUGCGCAGAUCUCUGCGCUGAAGAGUCCCCAUGCCAAUGAUACGAAGAAACCAAAGGAAAAGAAGACAAAGGUUGCUGCCACGUCGGAACACCCUCUCGAGCCUCGACCGGCUUUCUUCGAUCAUCGUAUUGAAAUGUUUGAAAAGCUGAAAGCAGAGUAUGAUGAAUGGGUCAAGUGUGAGCCAUCACGCUUCACUAUGCUGCAUCUCCUUUUUGAAGCCUUCUUACAGCCCAACCUCGCGAGGAGAUCGAUGUUACCCUUCCCGAUGGUUCGAAGCGAAAGGGUACAAGCUGGCAGACUUCACCCAUGGAUAUUGCCAAAGAGAUUUCAAAAGGUCUCGCCGACCGAAUCGUUAUUGCGAAAGUUGACGGCGAUGUUUGGGAUUUGGAACGACCAUUGGAGAAGUCAUGUUCUCUUGAGUUGCUAGAUUUCGAGCAUCCCGAAGGUAAACGUGUCUUUUGGCAUUCUUCGGCGCAUGUUCUCGGCGAAGCUGCGGAACGUCACUACGGAUGCCAUCUUUGCAUUGGUCCUCCCACCGAGGAAGGAUUCUUCUAUGAGAUGGCUAUUGAGGAUAGACCUGUUACUAAUGCAGAUUACCCCAACCUAGAAAAACUCACUGACGCUGCCAUUAAGGAGAAACAGAAGUUCGAGCGACUUGUUGUUUCGAAGGAAAAGCUUCUCGAGAUGUUCGGAUACAACAAGUACAAGAGAUAUAUCAUUGAGACCAAGAUACCUGACGGCACCUCUACCACUGUAUACCGAUGCGGCCCUAUGAUCGAUCUCUGUGUCGGUCCCCAUAUUCCACAUACGGGAAAAAUCAAGGCUUUCAUGCUCACCAAGAACUCUGCUUCGUACUUCCUUGGUGAUCCGACCAACGAUUCCUUGCAACGUAUUUACGGUAUCUCUUUCCCCGACAAGAAGCAAUUAAGCGAGUACAAGGUUUUCCUGGCGGAAGCCGCGAAGCGCGAUCAUCGAAAGAUCGGUAAAGAGCAAGAACUCUUUUUCUUCAACGAUCUGAGUCCUGGAAGUGCCUUCUUCUUGCCUCAUGGUACCAGGAUCUAUAAUACCCUCGUUGAGCUCAUGCGCUCUGAGUACUUCAAACGCGGCUACCAGGAAGUUAUUUCCCCCAACAUGUACAACGCCAAGCUUUGGGAGACUUCUGGCCACUGGCAAAACUACGGGGAGGACAUGUUCGCUCUCGAUGUCGAGAAGGAAAAAUGGGCUCUCAAACCCAUGAACUGCCCCGGCCACUGUGUCAUCUUCGACUCUCGGGAUCGUAGUUACAAGGAGCUGCCUAUCCGAAUGGCCGAGUUCGGUAUCAUUCAUAGAAACGAAGCCUCUGGUGCGCUCACCGGCUUGACUCGUGUGAGGAGGUUCGUGCAAGACGAUACCCAUGUGUUCUGCAUGCAUUCUCAGGUUGAAGAAGAAUUAUACGCCCUGUUUGAUUUCAUGGAACGUAUUUACGGAUUGUUCGGAUUCGAGUUCAAGCUUGAGCUCUCUACUAGACCAGAGAAGCACCUUGGUUCCAUCGAGACUUGGGACCAAGCCGAGGCUCAACUCAAGAAAGCCCUCGAGAAGCAAUACCCCGGCCAGUGGGAGCUCAACCCAGGUGACGGUGCUUUCUACGGCCCCAAAAUCGAUAUCACCAUCCGUGAUGCCCUUCGUCGUUCCUUCCAAUGUGCUACUAUCCAACUCGACUUCCAGCUGCCUGAGCGCUUCGGUUUGAAGUACCGCUCGGCUGAGGACAACGCGGAGAACAAGGAUAAACCUCCUUCGAGACCCGUUAUUAUCCAUCGUGCAAUCUUGGGUAGUUUGGAGAGGUUCAUCGCAAUCCUCACCGAGCACUUCGCUGGGAAAUGGCCAUUCUGGUUGUCUCCUCGCCAGGUCCUUGUCGUCCCUGUUGCCGGUCCAUACAAAGAGUACGCCACCGAGAUAGCCAACAAGCUCACCAGUCUCAAUAUCUUUGCCGAUGUCGACAAUAGCGGCGACACUUUGCCCAAGAAGGUUCGUAACGGCGAAAUCGCUCAAUACAACUUUAUCCUUGUUGUCGGGCAGGAGGAGUUGGACGGUAGGUCUGUCAACGCGCGUAACCGCGAUGAUGUUGGUACCAAAGGGAAGGCGGAGAUGAUUCCGUUGGAGGAUAUCUCGAAGAAGCUGGUUCAAUUGAAGGAGAGCAGGAGCUUGCACAACAAAUUACCAUAGACAUCAGGAUGUGCUAUUCGUGCUUGUGUGGGUGGUAUGGAACUUGACGACGAAAUGUGUGUUGCGAAGAAUGUUCUGUACUUCUAUGAUAGGCACUAUGCAUAUUGUACGUGUACACCAAUCUUGAGGUGUGGCAACUCGAUGUUGGCGGAAGAAAUACGGAUGCACCGGAGCCGUACUAGCCUCACCUAGUACACAACCUGCCCUAAACAGCGGCAUUGAGCGGGUGAUGGACAGCUGAGGACUCACAAAAGGGUAGGCAUUCGCAGUGACUAACGCGGGCAAACUGAGCGAAUGGGUGGAAACCUUGAGACCAUUCAAAGCAAGCGAUCUCUCACGGGGCCGCCAUUUGUAGAAGGAGUGUGGUCUGAGCUCGUCAAUCUGCUCAUAUCUUCCACUUUCUUCGCCGACGUCAACAGUGAUGGUGAAAUAACCUCUUGUUGGACAAGAAGUUAGACAGCAAGUCUGCUAACGCGCACAAUUCACAAGAACGUCGGUGUCGGUACUAGGACGAAAACAUGUGCAGUCCAGGGUGACGGUGAACAUGAAGAAACUGGUUCAGGAGCU